GGGCGGGAGAAGGAAAUUCUACUGCAUUCAUAGUUUGGAAAUGCGUGCGUGUGUGCUUUAUUCAGACCCCUAUUUUAUUCAGUUUCCUUUUAUUUGGUUGAGAUAGCGGUUUGCAAUUUUUAUUCGGACCUUGUAAAAGGGGUCGGGGUUAUAGGUUGGUGGUAAAAGUUAUGUCAUGGAAGCUAUUUGGAUCUAUCAGUUCCGUCUGAUAGUGAUCGGGGACUCGACCGUGGGGAAGUCCUGCCUCCUCCGGAGAUUCACUGACGGCAAAUUCAACGACGUGUCUGACCCCACGGUUGGUGUGGAUUUCUUCGCCAGGCUGGUGGAGAUCGAGCCGGGAAAGAGGAUCAAAUUACAGCUGUGGGACACCGCGGGGCAGGAGAGGUUCAGGUCCAUAACCCGUUCCUACUACCGUAAUUCAGUUGGUGGGUUGCUUGUGUUUGAUAUCACAAAUCGUAGAUCUUUUGAACACGUGCGUGACUGGUUGGAAGAAGCAAAAAUGCACGUCCAGCCAUAUCGAAUCAUAUUCCUGCUUGUAGGACACAAAAGUGACUUGGUGACCCAAAGGAAAGUCUCAAAGGAAGAGGCAGAGAAACUUGCAGCUGUAUCUGGUAUGAAAUACAUAGAGACAUCUGCAAAAGAUUCGAUGAACGUGGAGGAAUCUUUCACCAUUCUGACCCGAGAGAUAUACGAGCUGCUGAAAAAAGGCAACAUAUCCAUCCAGGAAGGGUGGGAAGGUGUUAAAAGUGGUGUGGUUCCUAAUGUUGUUCAUUCUUCUGAGGAAGCUGUGCAGCCUGGAAGAAGGUGCUUUUGCUAAUCACAGGGGAAAGAACCCUUUAUUCCAAAGAGUUGCUUAUUGUACUUUUAGCCAUUCCUGCAAGCCUAUCUGGAUAUGCCAACAAAUCUUCUAGGGCUUACCCUAGACUUGGCAUAGAUUUGAUUAGAAUAUAUUUCAUUGGAAAGUAAGUACCCAACUUGGCUACAGAGCUUCUCUGACAUGAAAUGCACAAACUUUACUUUAUCAAUAACUGCAGACUUUAAUAGUAAGAGUGUAUUUUUUGCAUAGUAAAAUCAAGCUUUAUUUUUGGGACUUGUUGCCUUACUGUAAGACUGGCAAUCUGUCAGAGAAACUGAUGUGUAUAACUAAAGGUUUAAUUAACAUGUAUAUUUGAUAUGAACCAUUUGCCCAAAAUAAUGCUUUAAAUAAGGUUUAAUCAAACUCAGAAAUACGCGAGUGGUUUCUGGGGAUGUGAGAAAUAUUCUUGGCUUUAAAUUACUAAAUGUUUUAGAAGUAGAGUUUUGUUUGUCUUAUGCAGUUCUUUAAUUCAAUAGGUUUUAAUUAAUUCAUGUGAAAGAUGAAUAUUUUUCAAGAUUUGGUGUCCUUACAUGUUUAGCAAAGUGGCUGUGGAAAACGAAUACAGCAGUUGAAACAGUGAAGAAAGAUGUGAAAAUAUUCUGCAAUGAAUGAGAACAGAAAUUUGCUGUUAAUAAUCUCCAAAAAGUUGAACUGCCACGAGCAAUCACUGUGCCAAUGUCUACAUUUCUGCAGUAGUGGAGUGCAUUUCCUGAAUAUUUAUCAUAUAGGCCAAUUAUAUGCACAAAGAUGUUAGCCAAAGCCCUGCACUAUACUUUCUUCUGUUUAGUGUUUGGCUAAUGUGGAAGCUAAUAAAUAGUAAACAUGUUCUGUGGCAUGGCAUGUUGCUGUUUUGCUUGUAGCUUUCAAUGUUACGGUUUACAGUUACAAAAUGCUGCCUUUUUAUUUUGGAAAAUGGCAAGGCUAUUGUGGUCAUUGAACUAAAUCCUUUCUGUAUUUGCACUGUGGACUGGAGAUGAGAAUGGCGAAUGCGUGAUCAAAGGGGCAAACGUAGUAUUGCUACAGUUGUGACUUACAAAAACACUUGAGUAUUGCCAAUAACAGACAAAUUUGAAAGUUUUAACAUUAAAAAGCUUUUAAUUCUCCAA